AUGCAGGUGUCAGAAUGCGUCAUGAGCUCUACACCCACCUGCACCCCCCCUUCUCCCCCUUCUCCCUCUGCUCCUCAGCUGGCCAGCGCCAUGUGCUACCACAUGCGUCUGUUCGGCAUGGCGUUGGACCGAUGGGACCUCAUGCACCAUGCUCCCACCCUCGCCCACGCUGCCGCUUCUGCCGCUGCUUCUGAAUCUGCCGCUGCAGGGGCUGCAGCUGAGGCUCAUGCUGCGGCUGCUGCUUCUCCUGCAGCACCGUCCGUGCCUCCCACGCCCAUCAGCACCGCUGUGCGCCCCUUUGGCGCCUUCUGGACCGCAUCCCACUACUGCCUCGUGCUGCCCUGCUUGGUGAGGGGAGGGGAAGAAAGAGGAGGAGAGACAGCGGAAGAUUGGAGAGAGGCAGAUGGAAGAAGGAGGGAAGGAGGGAGAGGGGCGAAUGCAGGCAGGGAAGGUGAAGGGGUGGAUGCAGGGGAGCAGGGGGGAGGGGGUGACGGCAUGAGCAGGGGAGGGGAUGAUGAUAUGAUGCGCGUGUUGAUGGGGAGGGUUGACUGGGAGAUGGUGGACCGGGUGCUGUACCAGCUAGUGGGGAGGGACCCUGAGGGGAGAACAGCGCACAGUGAGUUUGUGGGGUCGCAUGGAGGCACGUUCCAACAGUACUUCCAUAACCAGUACGGCAUAUCGCUGCAGCACCCCAAUCAGCCCCUGUUCGCUGCCUGUCAGCUGAAGCCAGACCUGCGCAAUGCGCUGCUGCUGCUGCAGACACCACCAGAGUGUAAGUUUCACUCUCCUGUGUCUGCACCAGGAGGAGUUUCUCACCCUCCUGUGUCUGCACCAGGAGGAGUUUCUCACCCUCCUGUGUCUGCACCAGGAGGAGUUUCUCACCCUCCUGUGUCUGCACCAGGAGGAGUUUCUCACCCUCCUGUAUCUGCACCAGGAGGAGUUUCUCACCCUCCUGUGUCUGCACCAGGAGGAGUUUCUCACCCUCCUGUGUCUGCACCAGGAGGAGUUUCUCACCCUCCUGUGUCUGCACCAGGAGGAGUUUCUCACCCUCCUGUGUCUGCACCAGGAGGAGUUUCUCACCCUCCUGGCUGUCCAAUUAGGGCGGUCUCACGACUUUCGAGGCACUUCGCCCUUCGCCGCUCAUCUCCUUUCCAUCGUCCCACCCUCCUUUCCAUCGUCCAACCCUCCUUUCCAUCGUCCCACCCUCCUUUCCAUCGUCCCACCCUCCUUUCCAUCGUCCCACCCUCCUUUCCAUCGUCCCACCCUCCUUUCCAUCGUCCCACCCUCCUUUCCAUCGUCCCACCCUCCUUUCCAUCGUCCCACCCUCCUUUCCAUCGUCCCACCCUCCUUUCCAUCGUCCCACCCUCCUUUCCAUCGUCCCACCCUCCUUUCCAUCGUCCCACCCUCCUUUCCAUCGUCCCACCCUCCUUUCCAUCGUCCCACCCUCCUUUCCAUCGUCCCACCCUCCUUUCCAUCGUCCCACCCUCCUUUCCAUCGUCCCACCCUCCUUUCCAUCGUCCAACCCUCCUUUCCAUCGUCCCACCCUCCUUUCCAUCGUCCCACCCUCCUUUCCAUCUUCCUACCCUCCUUUCCAUCGUCCCACCCUCCUUUCCAUCGUCCCACCCUCCUUUCCAUCGUCCCACCCUCCUUUCCAUCGUCUCACCCUCCUUUCCAUCGUCCCACCCUCCUUUCCAUCGUCCCACCCUCCUUUCCAUCGUCCCACCCUCCUUUCCAUCGUCCCACCCUCCUUUCCAUCGUCCCACCCUCCUUUCCAUCGUCCCACCCUCCUUUCCAUCGUCCCACCCUCCUUUCCAUCGUCCCACCCUCCUUUCCAUCGUCUCACCCUCCUUUCCAUCGUCCCACCCUCCUUUCCAUCGUCUCACCCUCCUUUCCAUCGUCCAACCCUCCUUUCCAUCGUCCCACCCUCCUUUCCAUCGUCCCACCCUCCUUUCCAUCGUCCCACCCUCCUUUCCAUCGUCCCACCCUCCUUUCCAUCGUCCCACCUUCCUUUCCCUUACAUCACCCGCUUCCCUUUCCCCCACCUCAGUGGACACUUGGGACCUCGUCAACAGGGCCGUCCAAUUCAGUCGAGACGGGCAGAUGUCCGAACCUGCCAGCGCUACAGAGGGGACGGCUGUAGCUGACAUGGCUGUAGCAGACAUGGCUGUAGCAGACAUGGCUGUAGCAGACAUGGCUGUAGCAGACAUGGCUGUAGCUGACAUGGCUGUAGCUGACAUGGCUGUAGCUGACAUGGCUGUAGCAGACAUGGCUGUAGCAGACAUGGCUGUAGCAGACAUGGCUGUAGCAGACAUGGCUGUAGCUGACAUGGCUGUAGCUGACAUGGCUGCAGCAGACAUGGCUGUAGCUGACAUGGCUGUAGCUGACAUGGCUGUAGCUGACAUGGCUGUAGCUGACAUGGCUGUAGUGGGCAAGGCUGGAGAAGAGACGGUUGGAGCAGACACUUUUGUAGCAGACAAGGCUCUGGCUAAUGAGGCUGCAGAAGUUGAGGCUGUAGCAGACACGGCUGCAGCAAACUCGGUUGCAAUAGACAAUACUACAGCAGAGAAAGAGCAGCAGCAGCAACAAGGCACGGGGGAGGAGGAGGCAGCUAAGGCGCAGCAGCAGGGCAGGGAGAAGGGCAGGGGGCGGCAAACAUCGUACCUCCCAUUGGAGCUACUGGUGCCGGUGCUGCCACUGCAGCACGUGCUCUUUGCCUCGCUGCUCCCCUCGCUGCUCUCCCGGCUUGACUGCCUGCUCACUGCCCGGGACAUCCGGCGGUUCAUUGUGCGGCAGUAUGGGUGUGAGCGGCAGGGUCGGAGCUGUGGUGGUGGCGAGCACAGGGAGGGUCAGCAGCAGCAGGAACCGCAUUUUCCUGCUAUUGAUCUCCUGCGCGCCCUCACCUGCCCCGGCACAACAGAGAGCGGUGUGGGCACCUAUGAGUCAGACGAGGUGCUGGGAGACAGCUGCGUGCAGCUAGCCGCCUCCUGCCACCUUUCUGCCACUAGCUUGCCACGUCAGCCGCCGCAUGGCAGGCAUGGGAAUGGCCAGAGUAAUGGGAACGACGACUCAGCAGCAUACACUGCGAGAAAUGCCUCGAUGCCAUCGCAUGCGCUGCACAGCCAGCCUACCCAGCCGACAUACGAUGACAUGAAGGGGCAGUGCGUGAAGCUGGUAUCCAACAAGCAUCUGGCAGCGCUGGCAGUUAAAGCCGGAGUGCCUGCCCUCGUCCGCAGCAAGCCAUUCAGACCCUCUGACUGGAUCGGCCCUCUCAUCCCACCCUCCCACGCUGUGCUGCUUCUGGCUGACUCCCUUUCUCACUCACUCCCCCCACCACACUCGUUUUCAGACUCCCUCGCACACACUCAGUCAAUAGCAACAGCAUCUCCUCCUUCGUCCCCCUCUCGGGCUACUGCAGCUCCCCAGAACCUUCCGCCUAGCCCGAAAGCCCUUUUGGACUCUGCCUUCGCCUCGCUGGCAUUAGCGCAGGCAGCAGCCACGGCCAAGUCAGCGCGCCAGCUCGGCAAGAAAACCCUCGCUGACGUGGCGGAGGCCUUGGUGGGCGCCAGCUGGCGGUGCGGCGGCGCUGAAAUGGCGCUGCCGAUGCUGAGGUGGCUGGGCCUGCCCACGGAGGGCGUGGGGGAGCUAUUGAGGGGAGAGAUGACGUGGAGGGGGAGAGCGGCGGAGGGAAUGGUGAUGGGAAAGGGGGAGGACGUGGUGGAGGGAUGCAUCAAGGGAGUGGCAGAGGAAGGAGUACCAGGCGUUGUAGGAAAGCCAGAUAUGGCACUAGAAACGAAAGGAGCAGCAGCAGCAGCAGAAGAAGAAGAAGAAGAAGAGGGAACAGCAGCAGUGGCAGAAAAAGUGGCGGCAGCACGAGAGUCAGAGCAAAGGGUGAGUGGCAGGAAGCACGCUCUGGAAUCACCUGGAGAGGCGCCCCUGCUGCCAUUUCAGCCACCAGAGAAGCGCACCAAGCUGCAUGAGCAGCGGCAGGGCGUGCUGGUUUCAGAAUCCUCAUUGCCUGUCUCUCUCUGUCAGCAGCAAUCUCUCCCACCUAUCUCACCUCCAUCCGACAACGCACCGUCAGGUCAGCCGAUACGCCAGCCCGGCUUCCUGAAACCUUCUGUUACCAGAACGAACUGCAAACGCCACGUGGCAACACCUGAUAGGCUGUCAGAGCUGGAAGGUGCGAUGGGGUAUCGAUUCAGAAAUGAGGGGAUACUGAGGGAGGCGAUAAGCGAGGGGGAGUUGAAGUGGCAGAGGCGGUUUGUGUUUCUGGGGGAAGCUGUGCUGGACUUUCUAGUCAUGCACCACAUGGUGCAAGCAACAUCUGGGGCGGCCCAUUCUCCUGCUGCCUCGUCACCACGUGCCAUGUCAUCAGGUGCCAUGUCAUCGCACGCUGCCACGUCAUCGCACGCCGCCCGGCCGUCCCCGCACCAGCUGACGAACCUGCGCAAGGCUGUGAUCCACUCGGAGCGGUUCUGCCAGCUGGCAGCGUGCCGUGGGCUGCUGCGAUCGGACGUCUCUGAUCUCAUCAAGGCCCUCACCGCAGCAGUCUUCACUCCCUCUUUCCGUACAACUCCCUUCAUCUAUACUUUUAUCUCUCCGCUUUCCUCUCUCGGCUCUUCUCUCCCUUCUUCUCUCCCGUCCGUUCUCCCCCCCAUCAGGACGUCUCUGAUCUCAUCAAGGCCCUCACAGCAGCUGUCUUCCUCGACUCCACUCCUGCAAACAGCUCUCUCACCGCACUCAACCCCCUUGCACCUCCCCCUCUCCAUCCCCAAUGCCCUCUCGCCCGCACGUGGCACGUGGGCGCAGGGGGGCGAGGGAGGGGGGGAGCAGUGGGGGGGAAACUGGGGGGAGAGGUGGGGGGAGGAGUGUGGGGGGGAGUGGGGAAAAGGGGAGGAAGGGGAAGGGGAAGGGGAAGGGGCUGGGGCGUGGAAGGACGAGGAGAGUGGGAGGGACGGAGGGAUGGUGUGUGGGAGCAGUGUUGGGAGGAGAGGAGGGGAGAAGGGGGAGGAGGGGGAGAAGGGGGAGGAGGGGGAGGAGGGAGUGGAAAAUGGGCUGUGUGAAAAGGACGUGGGGGGAAGAGGAGGCGGAGGAGGGGCGGGAGAGGAGGAGGGGGUGGUAAUGGAAGUGGAGGUGAGGGGAGUGGUGCUGGGGGAGGGGUGGGGGGUAGAUGAUGUUGCAGCAACGGUGGAAGCAGCUGGUGGCGUGCUGAAGACGGCCAAGACUGUGCAGGGCUUCAGGCAGCUGUUCCAGGAGGCAGAGGGGAUGUGCGUGCUGGGGGCCAUGAGGGCCACAUGGGAGAUGCAGGCAGAGGAAGGCGAGGGGGGAGGGAAGGAGGGGGAAGUGGGGAAGGAGGCAGGAGGAGGAGAAGGCGCAGCAGGGAUGGAGGUAGUUCAGCCUGAGGGUGGCUUGAUGAUUGGAGGAAAUAGUGAUUGUAGUAAUGGUGGGCAGAAGAAGGCUGGAGGGAAGAAGAGGAAGCGGGGGAAGUCUGGAAAAGGGUUGGCAGCAGCAGAAGCUGCACUCGUAGCAGCAAGCGGAGACGAUGCAGCACUGGGAAGGGAGAUUACAGUAGGUUCGGCUGCUCCAGACGCCUUGGUUGGACCCCGAGGCUGUGAGCCAGGUCCGGCGGCUAUAUCUGCCCUGAAUCACACGUGCAUGGCGCGGCGAUGGACGGCAGUGUACAGUGAGAGAAUCAUAUCUCCAACUGCUCACACCGAGGCUGCCUUAGGCAGUAACGGAUUGGCACAAGGUGGGGGCACUACUGGGAAUGCCCCUGCUGCUGCUGACACAGUUGUGGGGGACGUCCCAGUGGACGGUGGUGGAUCUGCCGAUGGUUGUGUUAUCAACGGUGGUGAUUCCACCGUUGGUGGCUCUACCAGCCUUGCUGCUUGUGGUGGUGGGGAGGCGGCUGGUGGUGCCAGCUGUCAACCUGCUGGUGGGAUCACAGGCGCUCCCAGGUAUGUAACUUCUCAUGCCUUAGCCACCUUGUAG